ACAUUUACAUGUGUGCAUUUUGUUCCUAGAAACUUCUUUCUGAUCAGAAAAACAACUGGGAAAUCUUUCUUAGACUAGAUGAAAGACAUUUUCAUCUGUUUAUCUAAAACAUUCACUCUGCAGCCACAGGCAUCAGGACACUAGAAGUUCAUUUUGUUUUUUGUUUUUGGGAAUGGUUUCUUCAAAUCAACUCCAAAGGAACACUGUACAGAUUACGGAUUGUUAAGGAGGCCGUGCAACAUUAUUUUUCUUCUAUGGUCACUUUUUUAUUUUUAUAUUAGUCCUGAUUUUUGCUUUAUUCAAGCAGUGCUUUACAACAUGUGCAGACUUUGGAGGAUAGCAGUACUGCUCUGUGUCAAAUUGGUGGACAGUGUGAAUGGAAAUACAGGACUUAUGCCAGACAGAGGGGCAGCAGCUUCCUCUUGCUAUGGAGGUUUUGACCUCUAUUUUGUACUAGACAAAUCUGGAAGUGUGCAGCAUCACUGGAAUGAAAUAUAUAACUUUGUGGAACAUCUGGCUCAUAAGUUCAUAAGCCCUCAGUUGCGGAUGUCCUUCAUUGUAUUCUCUGAUCAGGGCAAGAUUCUAAUGCAGCUUACAGAGGACAGGGACCUAAUUCGUAAAGGUCUGGAGGAACUCCAGAAAGUGCGGCCAGGUGGAGAUACUUUCAUGCAUGAGGGCAUUCAGAGGGCAAGCGAACAGAUUUACUAUGGUAACACUGAGGGAUACCGCACAGCCAGUGUCAUCAUUGCUCUCACAGAUGGUGAACUGCAUGAAGAUCUCUUCUAUUAUGCUGAAAGAGAGGCCAAUCGCUCCCGCAGUCUGGGCGCCUCUGUGUACUGUGUGGGGGUGAAGGACUUCAAUGAAACUCAGCUGGCCAAAAUUGCUGACAGCAAAGAUCAUGUCUUCCCAGUAAAUGAUGGAUUCGAAGCUCUCCAAGGUGUCAUUGAUUCGAUCUUGAAAAAAUCAUGCAUUGAGAUCCUUGCUGCAGAACCUUCCAGUAUCUGUGCUGGAGAGGCAUUCCAAGUCGUUGUGAGGGGAAAUGGAUUCCAUCAUGCUAGAAACGUGGACAAGGUUCUUUGCAGCUUCAGAAUUAACGACACCCUUACCAGAAUGGUGAAGCCAUUAAUAGUAGAGGACACAUACCUGCUAUGUCCAGCUCCUGUUCUUCGAGAGGAGGGAACGGCUGCCUCUCUUUAUGUCAGCAUGAAUGAAGGCCUGAGUUUUAUCUCCAGUUCUGUUACCAUCACCACCGUGAGCUGUUCUGAUGGUACGAUCCUGGCCAUAGCACUACUUAUUGUGCUGUUACUACUGAUUCUGGUCCUCAUGUGGUGGUUCUGGCCUCUCUGCUGCACUGUGAUUAUCCAUGAACCACCACCACCAAUUGUGGAAGAGAGUACGGAUGAUGAAGAGGAUGGAGCUCCCAAAAAGAAGUGGCCUACAGUUGAUGCCUCCUACUAUGGGGGUAGAGGAGUCGGGGGCAUUAAAAGAAUGGAGGUUCGCUGGGGUGAGAAAGGUUCGACCGAGGAGGGUGCUAAACUGGAAAAGGCGAAGAACGCAAGGGUAAAGAUGCCCGAACAAGAGUUUGAAGCUCCUCCAGCUCGAAUCUUAAAUAAUGGCAUGCGGAAACCUCCAGGCCCUCGUAAAUGGUACUCACCAAUUAAGGGAAAACUGGAUGCAUUGUGGGUACUUAUGAAGAAAGGCUACGACAGAGUGUCCAUCAUGCGACCACAACCAGGGGACAAGGGCCGCUGUAUGAACUUCACUCGCAUCAAGUCCAGUCCUCCUCCCCGGUAUCCAUCCUACAACCACUCUUCACCCAUCUACACCCCACAACAAACCCUCAACCCACCCCCUCCUCAGGGCCAGCUGCCCCCUCCUCCUUGCAGUCCACCCGCCUCCCUCUCCUCCAGUUUACCUCCCCUACCUUCCACCCCACCUCCCCAUGGCAUCACUCCAUCCCCACCCAUUACCCCUCCACCAUCCUAUUCUCCACCCCCCGUCUGGGCUUCAUCUCCUACCACCCUCUUCUUUUCUCCACCCACAUCUCCGCCCUCUCAUUCACCAUUGCCUAUUUCCUCCUUGCCUCUACCCCCAGAAGCCCCGCCUCCAUGCAGAGCUCCACCUCCAGACCGCCCACCUCCACGGCCCUGUCUGUAAUGCGGCUAAUCUGAGUGGACUACUUCGAGGAAGUAAAGAGGAAACAGGAAAUAUACAUUUCCCAGAUCCUCCUAACAGAUUGCCAUAAAUGCAAUAAAAUUUCAAAGACUGACUUGUGGAAUAAAUAGCAUUUGCUUCCUUGCAAGGACAAUGAAAUGGACAAAUAAAUGGAAUACAAGUCACCAUGCAACUCUAAAACUAAAUGGUGCAAAACUCUGAAUCACAAACCACACAAAUUGCAAUACGCUUAACUUUAAAGGGACAGAAAAUUCACGUAAGAAGCUUUUGUUUCUUCAAAUGUUGAGCAGCAUUUGCUUGUUUGUGAAAUGAACUGAGCUUUGAGAGCAAAAGUGGUUGGUUCCAUCAUUGGAUCCAUGGAUGUUUCACAAUUGCUGGCACAUGCGGCAGUCUUAUAAAUAUAGGAAAUACACUAUAUGGCCAGAUGUACGUGGACACCUAAACACCACCCAUAACCAUCGGUAUUAAUAGGAAGUUGGUCAACCCCAAGAGCUUCCACUCUUCUGGUUCAGCUUUCCAUUAGAUGUUAAAACAUGGCUAUGGGGAUUUGCUCAUUCAGAAACAAGAGCAUCUGUGAGGUCAGGCACUGAUAUUUGGUGAUGGGGCCUGGCAGUUCAUCCCAAAAGUGUUCAGUGUUGUUCAGGUCUGGGCUUUGUGCCAGUCAAGUUCUUCCAUACUAGACUCAGUAAAGCAUUUCCAUAUGGACCUCGCUUUGUCCACAGGGGCAUUAUCAUGCUGGAACUGAAAAAAGCCCUCCCCAAAUUAUAGCCACAAUGACACUGUAUGGCGUAGCAUUAAGAUUUGUCUUCACUGGAAUAGUCAAACCUGUUAAUUAGAAGGGGCUGUCCACAUAGUCUACGUUUGGCCAUGCAGUGCAUGUCUACAUAUUUGACUAGCAUGGAUUGAGGGUAUGAAGUAGAUUUAACAGUAGCCAUUUCCAUCCAAGUUGCAAAUUUAAUUUAUGCAAAAACAAUUAUAGCAAAAUCUAUUCAUGAAUAAAGCAACAUUUCCAUCCCUUGUGUUUAAGAGAACAAAAUCAUUCCAUCUGGGAAAAUUGUAAUGUCAAGUAAUUUGUAUUUGUAUAGCGCUUUUAUUCAAAUUAUCUACCUCCGUUUGUGGAUUUUGAUACUCUAGGUACUGUCAACACAUUGGAAUUUUACAACCAUAGUGAACGUGAUAGAAGUUUGCUUAAGUGCUUUGGAGCUAGAGCAUUCAAAGCUUUGUAAGUUAUUAGCAACAAUUUAAAAAUUGAUAUGAAUCCUAACGUGUAGCCAAAGUGGUGACGAUAAAAUUGGGACGAUAUGAUCACUCUAGCUGCUGCAUUUUGAACCAACUGAAGCUUAUUUACUGAAUCUACAGGACAUCCUCCAAGUACUGCAUUAUAAUAAUCUAGUUGAGGUCAUGAAAGUAUGAAUUAGCUUUUCGGAAUAAGAAACAGAGAGCAUUUGUCGUAACUUAGCAAUACUUCUAAGGUGGAAGAAUGCUGUUCUACAAAUAUUGGAAAUGUGAUUUUCAAAGGACAGAUUGCUACAGUAUCAAACAUAACACCCAGGUUAUUAACUGUAGAAGACGAUUUAACAAUACAUCCAUAGAGAGCCAAAUUAUAUUCUGGCUUCUUAUUUUUAGAGGUUUUUGGUCCGAUAAGUGAUACCUCUUUUUUGUCAGAAUUGAGUAGAAGUACAUUUCUAGCCAUCCCGUCUUUAAUAUCAUUAAUACACUGUGCUAACUUGGAGAAUUGGGAAAUUUCUCCAUGUCUCGAGGAAAUAUAAAGUGGAGUAUCAUUAGCAUAACAGUGAAAACUAAUUCCAUGGUCCCUGAUAAUGUCUUCCAUGGGAAAAAUUUACAAGGAGAAAAGCAGAGGACCUAAUACUGAGCCCUGCAACACUCCAUACAUACUGUACACUCCAUUGUGCUUAAUUUGACAAUUCCAAAAUUGGCACAAAAUAGUAAUGAAAAUGGAAGUUGAAGCCACUGUGGCUCUUUAUUUAGUUAAUGUAAUAAAUUACUUGCUGUUUAGAACAUGCAGCCUAAAUAUUCUUUUUGUUUGCUAGCGUUUGGCAGCAGUUGCCAUAUGUCUGAGAGCGAAAGUGUGUCACACAGUUCUAGGAGGUUUAUAGUAGCCCAUCAUUUUGAUGACAGGCUUUGGCAUUUCAGAAUUAUCAGAGCAACAUUUCAGAUGUUAUGUAAGGAUAUUCAUCAUUCUCUGAGCAAAUUAUGUUACAUGUUUCACAUGGCUUGUUGAGGCAAAGUCACAGUCACAUUUUCAUGUGUUCUUCUUGAUUAAAACGUGUAUGCAUCUCAAUUGAGCGUAAAAGAUUUUCAUGCGCAUUUUGGAAGCUUUAUUCUCAUCUUGGUGUUUCCAUCCAGCAUUUAUUAUGUGAUAUCCCAAAAUUCACGUAACAUACAAUAUGUGGAUGGAAACUUAGCUGCUGUUACCAUUUAUAACACCAUGUCAACUUAAAUCCUUGAAUGGCCAUGCAAAACUAAAUAAUGUGUUCAACGUGUUCUUAAUGUGCAUGAUUUCAAUGAUGGCCUAUAAUGUUUUGACAUGAAUGCCCCUGAUUUGCUUUCAUGAAAGAACUGAAAUAGCAGAAAUCAACCACUUUUGCAAACUUUUUUGGUGAAAAGCAAAGCAUAUUGCCAGAAGAAGGCAAAAGGUAUUUGGUCUUUCAGGUAAUUGUCAUUUUAUUUGUGCAAUAGUGAUUUUAGUGGCUUUGAUUUUGGGUAGCAUGUUGCUUUUUGGUCUUUGAAUGUCAGGAAAAUUAUCAUCUGAUAAUUAAGAUGAUGUACAGUGGGGUCCAAUAGUCUUAGACCACUUGUGAAAAUGCAUUAAAUUUAAUUAGAACAGCAUUCUUUUCUAAUUAAAUCAGCCUGGGCUGGGUUUCCCAAAAGCAUUGCAAGCUUAAGUUGAUCAUAGAGACCAUUGACGCCAAUGGUUUCUACAAUUUACUUAGGCUUACAAUGCUUUUGGGAAACACAGCACUGGUCUCCUAAAACUUAGUAGUAAAAGUGUAGUAAAACUUGUUUUGAUGUCAUAAGAUAGCAUUGUGAAAGGAAUAGGGCAAAAUUUACAUGUUUAUGAACAGAUAAUCUAACAUUUUACUCGUGCUUUGUGUGAAAGGGACUGAAAGUUAUUGUUUACAAUAGAAUUUCUUAUUAUUUAGUAUGCCUUCUUUUUGCUUUAAUGACAUCAUGCACUCGAGCUGGCAUGGACUCCACAAGUUUGUGCAAAACCUGAUGAUAAUGUUAUCUAGCAUGAUCUGAGAAUUUUGCAAAGAGCAGCUUUAAAUAAGAAAAUCCUAAAUUAUUAAUGUGGUCUCAGCUUUUUGGACACCACUGUACGUUAAAGACACCAGCCAAACUAGGAUAAUUAUGUUAAAACAUCGGGAAAAGAGAAAAAAUUACCUAGCCUAAGCAACAUCACCUUACUUUGCACAUCUCACAUUUGUAAUGGUGUAUGGGUGUAUUAUUAAAAGAUUUAGUACAAAUAA